AUGUGGACAGAACAAAUCUGGGCCGGACACUGGAUCAAGGAGGGCCUGACAAGUGUAGGAAAGUGUUUUGCCAAGCAAGAGCCCGGGAAAUAUCACAAUCAACAUCGGCGCCGUCGACACGUCAUGUCCUGCGCAGCGUCCGUGGUUCGAUGCGGGGCAACCCGCGCCCAGAUCGGCGUGAGCCUUCUCUCCCGUCGCGUCGACGCUAACCGCGUCGCAAUUCGCCCCGUGCGCGCCAAAGCCGUCCCGACUGGCGCGGACGUGGAGAACGGCACUAUCGACCUCGUCGUCAGCACGGAGGAGGCGAGGCGAACGCUCCAGUUCGACAAGGUGAUCCUGGACGAGCGCGAGGGACCGGUGAUAUUCGUCACCGGCGUCGCCAUCGGCAGCGCCGCGGAGGCCGCCGGCGUCACCCCGGGUCAGCGGCUCGUCGCGGUCUCGGACCCGGUGAACGACGGCGAGCUCUGGUUCAUCGACGGCACGGAGCGAUUGGCAUUCGUCAACGACGCCAUCCGGAGCACCCGCGCGUACGAGUGCACGGUCGUCGUGGAGAGCGAGGUGAGCGUGACCAAGGCGGCGGUGGACGCCGUGAGGGGGCCCCCCAGCGACGAGGAGAGGGAGAGGGACGAGCAGAGGCGGAGGAACGCGGCGAAGGCGGACCUCGGCGUCCCUCCGGCGCCUCCCCAGAAGAAGCGCGAGAGGGAGGACCUCUACUCCGACAACUGGGCCGGAGACGAGUACACCGGCGGGACGUGGAACGAGCUGACGGUGGGAAUCGCCAUCUUCGUGGCUGUUCCCGCGCUCAUCCUGACCCUGGGGGUGACCACGCGGGGGGUCCUGUGGGACACCGGCGGCUUCUUCUGAGUUGACGUGUUGAAACUUGAAAUAUGAAAUGUUUAAGGCAAUUAC